ACUUUGUACGUCACGGGUAUUUGAGUUCUUUGUUUUGAAGUUAAUUUGUAUGCGAAGGAGAGAUUCUAUUGAUACAGUACCUCUUGAUACGGAGAUCGAGAGAACCCUUUAAGGUCUUAUAAGAAUAGCGAGACUUCAAACUCAACCGAUGGCGGAGCAACAAUCACCUCAACCUCAACAACCACCGAGGACGAGGACGAUUGGGUCAUUUUCAAGGCCGAGUGUGGAGAAUGUGCAAUCACCAAUUCGUCACCCUACUAUCCCCAACAACAAUUAUGAGAUCAAGCCGGAGACAAUUACUAUGUUUGCGAAUGCGGUUCAAUUCCAUGGAUUGGUGAAUGAAAAUGCACAAGCUCACAUUAAGGCGUUCUACAAGAUUAUGGAUGGUACCAAAGACAACGGAGUCCCUCAAUAGGAGAUUCGAUUGGAACUUUUCCCCUUUACCUUGAACGGAGCAGCGGAGCAGCGAACCAGUGGUUGAGUGAUCAUCCACAUCAUUCUAUUAUCUAUCUUGGGCAUAUUUGUGUGACAAGUUUUUCGCAAGAUAUAUCCCACCCUCAAAGAUGUCAUUGAUGAGAAGUGAAAUACAAACAUUUAGACAAGAAGAAGAGGUGCCAUUAUUUGAGGUGUCGGAAAGUUUCACCUCUCUUCUACUCAAGUACCCACACCACAACAUUGUCGAUUGGCUUCAAGUGGAAAGCUUCUAUAAUGGUCUAACUCAUGAGUCCCGGAAUUUAAUUGAUGCCGCCAAUGGAGAAGCUAUUCCAAAAAAAGAGUAGGUGAAUUGAAAAGACUAAUUGAAGACAUGGCUCUCAAUAGAUAUGAUUGGGGUGGUGGUAUGUGAGGAAAGAGUGUAAGAAAAGACAAUGUGCUAC